UGCCUGAUCUAUUCUACGCCUGUACCCACCCUCUCCCUCUCACUGUUCUCCGACCAUUCGGACGAGCCAGCCUUCAGCAGCAGUUCACUGAUGCCAGCAGGGCAAGCCACCGAACAGCAGCCAUGACGCAGCAGGAGGAUCGCAGAUCGCCAACAGCAACAGCAACCUGCAGUUCGACAGCAGCCACAGACCAACACUCAGAUGGCGAACACGCCGAACAGCGGGACGUCAUCCGAGACGUCGACAUCUAGCAAUGUCGAACCAUUGCCGGUCUGUCCUGCUCAAGGGCCGAGUGAGCCCAUCGCGGACUAUAUUCAGGGAGUGCAGACCUAUACGGCUGCACUAACCCUUGCCAAGGAAUGGCAAGAUGCUGCUGAAGCAGACAAACAACGGCUAGCAGCAGAAGCUGCAGCCCGCGCCCAGCAACAAGCUGAGGCGGCGCAGUUGGCGACUGACCAGCUCAACGCCGACAGUGCCGAGCUUCUGAUCUCUCAACAAGAUCAGUGGACAGCGGUACUCAACGGGAUGCGUUAUGUCCCUGUAGCAGGCGCCGAGCCAACCACAGUACAACAGGAGAGACAAAACCUGGCAGACAUUCUACUCAAUACAAUGCGUGCCGUCAUCUGGAACAGCACCAUGGGGGAACUUCAUUCCAGAUCUACACAGCAGCUACAAAGCGAUCUCACCCAUAACGUGAAGAUGCUUGCAGCAGCCGUUAAGGUCGCAGACUCCCAGCUGAAACAGUUGGACGCCCGCAUUACUACUCUGGAGGCAAGGCCUUCCCAAGCGGCGCCAGGCCACACGACAAACACGGCGAAGCAGCUCAACGGGCGCAUCGACCAUGUCGUCAAUCUCAUCGGCGACCUAGGUGCUUUCACGGGUACGGACACGAUCAGCAGCACGGUGGCCGCCAUCAAGACGGACAUCACCAAGCUGCAGACAAGACCGGACGCCGCUACAAAGAACUACAAGAUGCCGCACUUCAACAUCAGCAAGUUCGACGACUACAACAAGACAGACGCCCUGACAUGGUGGCAAGGCUUCCUCACGGAAGCAUCCUGCCGCACUGUCCCGGCUGAAGACAUGUUGAAGGCGCUCUACCUACAACUGAUUGGAGGAGCACAGGCAUGGAUGAACCACCUUGCGGCCACCAAGCAAUGCACCAUCGCCGAACUCCACACGCACAUUACGUGGAAGGAGUUCGAGCAACUAUGGUUCACUCGAUUCAUGGUCCACAACGAUGUGAAGGUGGCCAUGAACGAGGUGUACACCAGCUCACAAGGAAGCAUGCCAACUCGAGACUGGACAAUCAAGUGGCAGAAGAUAGUGACCACGCCAGGCUUCGAUUUGAGCUUUCCAAACCAACGAUCCGAGUUUUUCUCGCGAUCGUGCGCAGGACUGCGGUCGACACUCGGCAACGAGUACAACUAUGCCUCAUUCGAGGCUAUUCUGGAUCGUGCGAACCUAGUCAUCCAGACGGACGAGAAGGCCGCUAACGAGAAACAGUCCCAGCCGCACUACGUGGCUAAGCAGGGCUAUCAACGACCGGCACAUAACAAUGUCGUGAUACCUGAUGAAUCAGUUGAUCUCCACGCUGCAGCAGCAUCCUCGGGUGAUGAAGGAGUUCUUGUAGCGCUCUCGCCGAAGCAUCCCAAGAGAGUUCGGAAGAACAAGGCGACAGACGCGACGACAUCAACAGGAACUGGGCAGCAACCAUGGACGGCAUACAAGAUAACCAAGGAAGUAUAUGACCUUCGUCAACGGUACGGAUAUUGCCUUUGGUGCAAUGGUGUCACUCACUUGACCGCACAAUGCCCUGAAAAGGGCGAGGCACGUCCGGUGUCUUUUGACAUCCUCGACACCAAGUUCGACAUGAUUCUAGGCAUGUCUUGGUUGCGUAGCGCUGAUCAUCCGGUGAACUUCCACGACCGGACCGUUCACAUCCGUGAUCGGAACGAAGUGUUAGUCCCAUGUACGGUCAUGACCCCUCACACUUCGAUUGCUUGUCACGUGGUUUCCGUUGCGAGAAUUCGCGAUGCCAUAGCUCGGAAUGACGUCAAGGAGAUGGGCCUUGUAUUCUUGCAUGCUCUCCCCUCGCCGGACGGACCAGCUGCGUCACCGCCAGACCCACGCAUUUCUCACCUCGUGGACGAGUAUAGAGACGUCUUCGAGGCUCCCACCGGAACGGUUCCGGAUCGGCCCAUACGUCACGGGAUCACUCUCGAGACUGGCGCCGUCCCUCCGCGUGGAUGCAUUUACCGCAUGAGCGAAGAGGAACUCGAGGUGCUUUGCGCACAACUCGACGACCUCCUUGAUAAGGGUUGGAUUCGCCCUAGUUGUUCGCCUUACAGUGCCCCUGUUCUCUUCGUCCGGACGAAGAACAAAGAUCUACGGUUAUGCAUCGACUAUCGCAAAAUUAACGCACAAACCGUAAAGAACGCCGGCCCUCUCCCUCGGAUUGAUGAUCUCCUAGAGCGGUUAGGCGGCGCCACGUACUUCUCAAAGUUGGACUUGAAGUCAGGUUACCACCAGAUUGAAAUCCAGCCUCAAGAUCGGUACAAAACCGCGUUCAAGACACGGUGCGGGCACUUUGAGUGGGUUGUCAUGCCAUUUGGCCUCACCAAUGCCCCCGCGACUUUCCAAGCAGCGAUGACGACUAAGUUUCGCAACUUGCUCGAUCGCAGCGUCCUCAUCUACCUUGAUGACAUCUUGGUUUAUAGUAGGACGUUGGACGAGCACAUCGUACACCUUCACGUUGUUUUGGAUCGUUUGCGACUGGCCAAGUACAAAGCGAAUCUCGACAAGUGCGAGUUCGCCAAGCAGGAGCUUGAGUACUUGGGUCACUAUAUUACGCCGAAAGGCAUUCGUCCCUUAGCGGACAAGAUCCAAGCCAUCGUGGAUUGGCCGAAACCCCGUUGCACGACGGAUGUACGCUCUUUCAUGGGUUUGGCUGGAUAUUAUCAGCGAUUCGUCGAGUCAUACUUGAAAGUGGUGACGGAUGUACGCUCUUUCAUGGGUUUGGCUGGAUAUUAUCAGCGAUUCGUCGAGUCAUACUCGAAAGUGGUCGCUCCUUUGUCGAGACUUCAGUCCCCGAAGGUGCCCUUCGAGUUCGACGACGCAGCCCGUGGCGCGUUCACCACGUUGAAGGCAGCGAUGCAAGCCUCACCUGCCCUCCGUAUAUACGACCCCACCCUUCCCACCCAAGUGACUACGGACGCUUCAGGAUACGGUAUUGGUGCGGUGUUGGAACAGUGUCACGACGACGGUUGGCAUCCGUUCGAGUAUUUAUCCCAAAAGGUGCCUCUCGUCAACACUCUAGACGACGCUAGGAAGAAAGAGCUACUCGCAUUCGUCACCGUUCUCAAAUGGUGGCGCCACUUUCUUCUCGGCCGUCGGCGUUUUAAAUGGAAUACGGACAACAAUCCGUUGACCUUUUAUAAAACACAGGAUACAGUCACUAGCGUGAUCGGUCGAUGGAUGUAUUACAUCGACCAGUUCGACUUUGACCCGUGCCACAUUCUCGGUCCCGCCAAUCGAGCUGCGGACGCCCUCUCACGACGGCCCGAUUUUUGUGCCAUUGUGACCACGACAUUCGACCUCGAUGACGAUCUGCAGCCGCAUUUCGUCAAAGGCUACAAGUCCGAUCCGACUUACUCUACGCUUUACGCGGAGCUUUCAUCGGAUCACCCGCCGGCUAGCCAUUAUCGGAUUUCCGACGGGUUCCUUCUCCUUCACACGAGAGGAAAGGACUUGCUAGUUGUGCCCCAAGAUCGCAUCUUACGGACUCGUCUUCUCGGCCAAUUCCACGACGCACGACUUUCGACACACCUUGGCGUAAACCGCACAUUACCAAGCCUCCGCCAGCGUUUUCACUGGCCCGACGUCCUUCAUGACGUCACGAGGUACAUUGAGUCAUGUGCAGUUUGCCACCGUAACAAGGGUCGAUCCCGAGUCCCCUUCGGCGAACUGAAACCGUUGCCGAUUCCUCAGGCAUCGCGCCUUUCCAUUGCUAUGGACGUGGCAGGCCCGUUCCCCCGCGAUCGCCUCGGCCAUGACGGUAUUCUCACGGUCGUUGACCUUUUGAGCAAGUAUGAUCGCUUCCUUCCGUGCAAGUAUCAUGCUGCAUCACCUGAGCUCGCAUGACUCUUGCACACCGGUUGGAUUACCAACCAGGGUGUUCCGGAAGACAUAGUGAGCGACCGAGAUACUCGCUUCAUGUCAUCCUUUUGGACUUCCCUUAUGGCUGAGUCCGGUAUGACAAUGAAGCCGAGCUCGGCUC